UCAGACAAUCCCGAGCAGUGUGCGCCACCACUAACAUCAGCAAAAGAGCAGAAUAAAGACAGCUGCAUCCACCGACAACUAACCAUGUCUUACCAAGGCAAAAAGAACAUCCCAAAGAUCACUAGCGAGAGGCUCCUGAUUAAAGGUGGUCGGAUUGUGAACGAUGACCAGUCCUUCUAUGCCGACAUCUAUAUGGAGGAUGGAGUCAUCAAGCAGAUUGGUGACAACCUGAUAGUACCAGGAGGAGUGAAGACCAUUGAAGCCAAUGGGAAGAUGGUGAUCCCUGGAGGAAUUGACAUCCACACCCACCUACAGAUGCCCUUCAGGGGUACAACCACCGCCGAUGACUUUAACCAGGGCACCAAGGCUGCUCUGGCUGGAGGAACCACGAUGAUCGUGGAUCAUGUGAUCCCGGAGCCGGGCUGCAGUCUGCUGGAAGCGUUCGAUCGCUGGAGUAAAUGGGCGGAUGAGAAAGCCUGCUGCGAUUACUCUCUACAUGUGGACAUCACCCACUGGAACGACAGCGUCAAGCAGGAGGUCGAGACCCUCAUCAAGGAGAAAGGAGUGAACUCGUUCCAGGUCUACAUGGCUUUUAAAGACCUCUAUCAGAUGAGCAACACUGAGCUUUAUGAGGUCUUCACCUUCCUCGGAGAACAUGGAGGAAUCGCUCAGGUCCACGCAGAAAAUGGGGAAAUAAUUGCUGAGGAGCAGGCCCGUAUGCUGGAGAUGGGCAUCACUGGACCCGAGGGACACGUCCUCAGCCGUCCUGAGGAGCUGGAGGCUGAAGCAGUGUUUCGAGCUGUCACUAUUGCCAGUCAAACCAACUGUCCUCUAUAUGUGACCCGCGUGAUGAGCAAGAGUGCUGCUGACAUCAUUUCACAGGCCAGGAAAAAAGGUAACGUGGUGUUUGGAGAGCCGAUCACGGCCAGUUUGGGAACUGAUGGAACUCAUUAUUGGAGUAAGAACUGGGCGAAAGCUGCCUCUUUUGUGACUUCACCACCUCUCAGUCCCGACCCAACCACUCCAGACUACCUGAACACCCUGUUGGCCAGUGGUGAUCUGUCGGUGGUGGGCAGCGCUCACUGCACAUUCUCUGUGGCUCAGAAGGCCAUUGGGAAAGACGAUUUCACCCAGAUCCCUGAAGGAGUAAACGGAGCUGAGGAGAGGAUGUCCAUCAUCUGGGACAAGGCUGUGGUCACUGGUAAAAUGGACGAGAACAUGUUUGUGGCUGUGACGAGCACCAAUGCCGCCAAGAUCCUGAACCUAUAUCCACGCAAGGGCCGGAUAGCCGUAGGCUCAGACAGCGAUCUGGUUAUCUGGGACACCGACGCUGUGCGGACCAUCACUGCCAAAACACAUCAUUCCGCAGCCGAGUACAAUGUGUUUGAGGGCAUGGAGCUGAGGGGAGCCCCGAUGCUGGUGGUCUGCCAGGGGAAGAUUGUUCUGGAGGACGGGAACCUGCACGCCACCUCUGGCACGGGACGCUUCAUUCCCUGCUCCCCGUUUCCGGACUUCGCUUACAAACGCGUCAAAGCCAGGAAACAGCUGGCCAUCCUGAAGGCCGUGCCCCGGGGCAUGUAUGACGGCCCCGUGUCUGAGUUUUCACCCAUGUCAAGGGGUGGCACACCGUCAGCCUCCACCCGAACAUCACCCACCAAAGUCCCCGUCAGGAACCUGCAUCAGUCUGGAUUCACACUCUCAGGUCCUGAAGAAGCCCCUAUCAGACCGGCUGGCAGACGUAUCGUUGUGCCUCCCGGCGGCCGCUCCAACAUCACCUCCCUCAGUUAAACACAAUGAGCCCCAUGAUAAAAGCAACCAUGUAGAAGUAAGGUGAUUAGAGAGGAAAAGAAAGAAACGAAACCAUAAAACACUGAACUCAAGCCUUACCCUUCAUGAUUUACUCCUGCUGAAUGACUGAAGGUCAGUAGUCCACCUCUGAGGAAGGCAAGAAAAAAAAAGCCCAGCAAACAUUCACUCGGGCGGUUAGUGUAGCGACAUGUUCAUUUAUGUGUUUAGAUAAACGUAGGAUUCCCGUAAAAUGAUUUUUUGUGUGGAUGUUUCUCAAAGUUUGCGUUCGGUAGAGGAAGGACUACUGUCAUGCAUUGCAUAGGGCUUUAUCUGAUUAAAGUGGUGGAAGAAUGACGUCAAAAUCUGGAAGUAGAAUUCACUAUGGGGUCUCCCUUUUUAUAACAACUUGUGUGGAAACCAUAACUUAAAGGGAUAGUUCACACAAAAAUGUAAAUUCUGUCAUUAUUUACUGUUUCAAACCAGUUUGAGUUUCUUUCCUCUGUUAAACAGAAGGGAAAAUUUACUGAAGAAUGCACAACACAGUGAGUUAUGGAUGUAAACAUCUGCUUUCUAUCAGCAUUCUUUACAAUAUCCCGUUUUGUGUUCAACAGAAGAAUGAAAUUAGGAAAGUUUAUAGAGUAAAUAGUGAGGAAAUUUUAUUUUUGGGUGAACUAUCCCUUUCGCUCUGAUGUAAAUGAGAAAAAACAGGCUCAUUGGGGAUAUAUGCCCAGGGCUACAUACUUGGGAAACCGCAAAUAUGUACCCUGACAUACGUCCAGUCAACACUAUCUCACAGCAAUUCGUAAUAUUUUUUUAUUUAGAAGCCAAUUCAUAUGAAUUUGUACAAUAUCAUUCGUACAAAUUAAUACGAUUUGCUCAGCCAAUGACGGUUGGGUUUAGGGGUGGGGUUAGGUGUCAUGCCUCCUCUUAAAAAUUGUACAUUUUCGUAUGACUGAACUUGUAAGAAUUUGUACGAAUUAGUGGCUAAAUUGACAAAAUGUAAAAUAGUUACAUUUCCUUGUAAGAUCAGGCUGGUCCUUCAGCAUUUUAAGUGUAAAACUAAUACUAUGGGGCGGUUUCGAUUUGGCUGAUUUUUCGCAAUAUACUGCUAAUGGCUUACCAUCAUAUGGAGAACUUUUCCAGCAAGGUCAGUUUGCUCGAUAGCUUACCUUGUACAGCAAUGGACUGGGACGCCGAGUGGACCAGGGUUUAAGUUCAGCAAAUGAAAGUUCUAGAAACAAACAAAAAAUUUGACAAAACGGGUUUAUUGAGGAUACAUGACCAGAACUACAUAUUUGGGAAACUGCAAAUACGUACCCUGUGAAACAUCCAGCCAGUUCUAUCUCACAGCAAUUCGUAACUUUUUUAUUUAGUAGCCAGUUCGUAUGAAUUUGUACAAUAUCAUCUGUACAAUUUAAUACGAUUGGCUCAUCCACCAAUUACGGUUGGGUUUAGGGGUGGGGUUUGGUUUGGUGCCACACCUCCUUUUAAAAAUCAGACAUUUUCAUAUGACUGAACUCAUACGAAUUCGUACAAAUUAGUGGCUAAAUUGACUAAAUGUAAAAUAGUUUCUUCUGAGAUCAGGCUGGUCCUUCUGCAUUUUGCGUAUAAAACGAAUGCUACGGGGGGGUUUCGAUUUGGCUGAUUUUUCGCAAUAUACUGCUAAUGGCUUACCAUCAUAUGGACAACUAUUCCCAUAAGGUCAGUUUGCUCAAUAGCUUACCUUGUACAGCAUUGGACGGGGAUGCAGAGUGGACCAGGAUUUAAGUCCAGCAAAUGAUGGCUCCAGAAACAAAAAAUUUGACAAAACAGGUUCAUUGGGAAUACUUGCCCUGGACUACAUAUUUGGGAAACUGCAAAUACGUACCCUCUUAUACAUCCAGCCAGUUCUAUCUCACAGCAAUUCGUAACUUUUUGAUUUAAUUGCCAAUUGUUAUGAAUUUUUAUGAUAUAAUUUGUACAAUUUAAUACGAUUGGCUCAUCCACCAGUUACAGUUGGGUUUAAGGGUGGGGUUGUAUAACACCUCUUUUAAAAAUUUUCGUUUGACUGAAAUUGUAUAAAUUUGUACGAAUUAGCAACUAAAUUUAAAAAACGUAAAAUAGUUACGUUUCCUCGUGAGAUCAGGUGGAUCCUGCUGCAUUUUGUGUGUAAAACGAAUGCUACUGAACGGUUUCGAAAUGGGUGAUUUUUUGAUAUAUUGCUAACUGCUUACCA